AUGCAACAAAUAUUUUAUUUAAUUAUUUAUUUUAUUUUAAUUCCAUUAACUAAUUCUAUUCGAUGUUUUGAAUGUUCUUCAGUAGCAUCUGGGGGUGACAGAAUUUGUAGUAAAUAUGUGGGGACAAGUUGUUCUUAUGGAUUUUUUGGUUGUGUUAAAGUAGCUACUUAUGUGGGCAAUUUCAUUAACGAUCCCUCAGCUAUAGUAUCAAUUGUUCGUGGUUGUAAUAUUCUACCUUUAGGUGGGGUAGAUGCUUGUCAACAACAAGUUAUUUUGGGAUAUAGAAUUAUUACAUGUUUUUGUUAUUCUGAUUAUUGUAAUGGAACAAAACAAAAUGAUUUAAGAAUAUUAACUAUUAUAAUAUUUAUUUUAUUUUUUGUUUUAUUUUAUAUUUUUAUUUUAUAA